GGUCAAAUUUGAUGAUAAAAUCCUCCGUCCCUCUCUAAAUUAUUUGUUCUGCCGCCGCCGCCGCCUCCAUACGCCGUUUCUGGUUAUUUAGUGUUGGAAAGCAAUGGAGUUUGUUAACAAAGUAGUUGAGGGGGCUAAGAGAGCUUCAAACAACAACACAGUGAUCAAUGUUUGCCUUGUUGCUUCCUUUGUAACACUGGCCAUAAGAUCUAUGAAUCAGCAAAAGACCAUUGAAGCUCUUGAGGCUGAGAAGGAAUCUCUUGUCAAAUCCAACAAGUCCAUUAGAAAGACCAUCUGGGAUUGGAAACAACAGCUUUAUGCUGAAGCCUCUACUGAUUCUAAUUCUGCUGUGGUUACUCUGGCAAGGCUCAAAGCAAUCUAUGGUGAAGCCCCACCUCCUCAACAUCCUAAACUUGGACAUACUGUGAGGCAAGAUGCAAAUUUAUCUGGUCCCACCAAAAUAAUCGCCUGAGAUCUGCAUAGUUGUCUGGCCUUUUAGAAGUUUUUGGCGUUGGAAGGUUGUUAAUAAAAUAUUUUCUAAGAGAACAGAAACAUAUAAUUCUGUCAUAAUUUGUUAUUUUGAUUGGCACGUAAAUGAACAACUUGGAGGAAGUUAAAAAGUGGUUAAAAUUUUAUCAUUGGUGGGACGAAGCACAUUUUUUUUUGUUUCAUAUUUUACCUUUCUACAAAUUUGGGGACCUGAUGAAAACUAGAUGCAACUUUGGCAGCCGAGAGGAUGCAGCCUUCAAACAUUGUCCCGUUAAA